GUUGUUUCGUGUGUUUGCAGACGACAUGGUGGAGAAAAUGCGGCCCGAGGUGACGCUGCACGACGUGGACGGGGUGGCGCUGCGGCAGCUCAUCGAGUACUCGUACACGGGCGAGAUCCUCAUCACGGAGGACAACGUGCAGGUGCUGCUGCCGGCGUCCAGCCUGCUGCAGAUGGAGCCGGUGCGCGAGGCGUGCUGCCGCUUCCUGCUGCGCCAGCUGCACCCGUCCAACUGCCUGGGCAUCCGGAGCUUCGCCGGCAUGCUCUCUGUGUCCUGCGGUCUGCACAAAACGUUACCAUCAGUUAUGAAAGCCUUAGCUCAAUAA